AUGACCGGUACCGUGCCCGUUGCCAACGCCUUGAGCGACAUCUAUCCUGCUGCAGCGCUCGCUGAGCAGGGUCCACGAUGGAAUAACCUUCUCAGCAAGUUUGAGUCUACCUACGGACAUGCUGCUUCUUUCGUCGCUCGCUCCCCUGGACGAGUUAACAUUAUUGGGGAGCACAUCGACUACUCUCUCUACUCGGUGCUGCCCAUGGCCAUUACUGCCGACACCCUUCUCGCCGUUUCCGCUACACCCGCCGCCCAAGACGCCAAGUCCUUUCGCAUCCGCAUCGCCAACGUUGAGGAUGACAAGUUUGAGGCCGCUGACUUUGAGGUCCCCUUUGAGGGGGAUGUUUCGAUCGACGCGACCAAGCUGGAGUGGACCAACUACUUCAAGAGUGGUCUAAGGGGUGUGCUGGACCUGUUGAGGAAGAAGUAUGGAAAGGAUUUCAAACCAUGCAGCAUGAAUUUGCUUAUGGAUGGCACUGUACCUGUUGGCGGAGGACUUAGCUCGAGCGCUGCUGUGGUCAGCACGAGUUCACUAGCUAUCAUGUUGGCCAAUGGUGAGAAGACGGUGGACAAGACUGAGCUGACUGAGCUUGCCAUCGUGAACGAGCGUGCGGUAGGAGUUAACUCGGGAGGUAUGGAUCAAGCUGCCUCUGUCUUCUCUGAGAAGGGUGCCGCUACCUUCGUUUCAUUCAGUCCAAGCCUCAAGGCUAAGCCAGUUCACUUCCCUCCCACAAAUCCCGAAAUCACAUUCGUUAUCGUGCAGUCCUUUGUCACAUCAAACAAGCAGGUCACAGGCCCCAUCCACUACAACCUUCGUGUAGUCGAGUGUAGCAUCGCUGCAUCCUACCUCAACGCGGUUCUGAAUCCACCCGGCACACAACUCCCCGAGGAUGCGGGACCCCUGGGCGUCAGUCUCGGAGGUUUCCAUGAAACUUUCUUUUACCACCAGAGCGGCUCAGAUUACUCCGCUGCCAAGACCCUGACCAAGGAGGAGGAGCUAGAGAAAUUGAUCGAGAUCACUGAGAAGACCCUGACACAGGAGGAGGGAUACACACGGGAGGAGGUAGCCAAGGUUCUGAACAUCACGGUCGAGGAUCUCGAGAAGCGUUUCAUGUCCAAGCUCCCAGUACGUGCCGAGCGCUUCAAGCUCCGCCAGCGAGCUCUGCAUGUGUUCAGGGAGGCACACCGAGUUCUUCGUUUCAUGAAGCUGCUCGAGAACCCUGUCCACACAGGCGCUACCGACACAACCAAGUUCAACAAAGAACUUGGUUCGCUGCUGAACGAAACCCAAGUAUCAUGUCGGGAUUUGUACGAGUGCAGCUGUCCCGAGCUUGACGAGAUCUGUGCCAUUUCCCUUCGGGAAGGAUCUUACGGAGCCCGUGUGACCGGUGCCGGUUGGGGAGGUUGCAGUGUGCACAUGGUGCCGGCGGAUAAGGUCGAGGCUGUGACACAGGCCCUGGAGCGGGAGUAUUUCUCCAAGAAGAACUUGACGGAGGAACAGAAGAAGGGGGCCGUUAUGGUGAGCCGGCCGGCAACCGGAAGUGCCAUCUACUAUGUCAAGGACGGCGUGAAGCCUUAA